AUGUCCAUAUGUGGUAAACCUACUUAUACUUUAGUUGAUUCAGGAUCUACACAUUCGUUUGUUUCUAUGGUUUUUGCUGAAACUUUGAAUAGACCCAUGGAAACAUUGAGUUAUAUAUUAUGUGUUGCAUCACCUACUGGGGGAUCUAUGUCAUGCUCAACUGUAUUUGCUGCAUGUGAAUUAUUUCUUGGGAAUGUUGUUUUAUAUGUUGAUGUAAUACCUUUAGACCUCAGACAUUUUGAUGUUGUUUUGGGUAUGGAUUGGCUAGCUAAAUACUAUGCAACUAUUGAUUGCACUUUGAAACGAGUGAUAUUCCGACCUCCCAGACAAAAUGUAUUUUAUUUCAAGGAAAAAGGGGUAGUUCUACCCCCAUACCUCAUAUCUGCUAUAAAAGUCCGAAAACUAAUGAAUAAGGGUUGUCAAGGGUAUUUAUGUAGUAUAACAACCGAACCAACUAUGGACAUUAUUCUAGACAAUAUACCAGUGGUGAGAGAUUUCCCUAAUGUGUUUCCAAAUGAAUUACCUGGCCAACUUGUUGAUAGAGAAAUUGAAUUUACAAUUGAUAUGAUACCGGGUACACAACCAAUUUUUAAAACUCCCUACCGUAUGUCUACCAUUGAAAUGAAAAAAUUGAAAGUUCAGUUGCAGGAACUACUUGAUGAAGGGUUUUUCAGACCGAGCACAUCACCAUGGGGUGCACCGAUACUUUUUGUAAAGAAGAAAGAUGGCAUUCUCCGACUAUGCAUUGAUUACCGAGAGCUCAACAAGAAUGGCAAGGUGAUUGCAUAUGCCUCUCGACAAUUGAGACCAUAUGAGAAGAACCACCCUACACACGACCUAGAGCUUACUACAGUUUUCCACUAUCAUUCGGGUAAAGCCAAUACUGUAGCAGAAGCACUUAGCAGAAAGAAUGUGGGGAAUCUUGCCUGUUUACUCACAGAUCAGAAAGAGCUACCACUAGAGUUUGAAAAACUCAAAAUUGAGGUGGUGUCUUUUGAACAAGAUAGCUUGAUAGCCUCAAUGUCUGUACAGCCUGCCAUUAUCGAAGAAAUCCAGCAAAAGCAAAUGAUUGAUGAGCUUUUGAAGAAGAUUUGUGAUGAACUUGACACCAAUCCUAAACCGGGAUUUACAAUUAAAAAUUCUAUGUUGAAAUUUCAAGGGAGAUUGUAUAUUCCAAAUUAUGCAAAUUUGAAAAGAAAAAUUUUGGAGGAAACCCACAAUUCAAUGUUUGCUAUGCACCCACGAAACACCAAAAUGUACCAAGAUUUGAAGUUAGUGUAUUGGUGA